ACUUUUUCCAUAUAAUAGAGGGGAGCAGAACGACAACUUCUAAAAGAGAGAGAGACAACAGCUAAUGGUGGUGGACUAACACUGCAAACCUAAAGUGAACAGAUCAUAAAAUGUGUAAAGGAUUAGCUGCCCUGCCCCAGACAUGUCUGGAAAGGGCUAAGGAGAUCAAGACUAAAUUGGGAACUCUGCUUCAGAAGCCAGAGAAUUCCUUCGACCUUAUUAUCCCCUACCAAGAAAAGCCUGAGAAGAAACCAGAGAAGCUUCAGAAACCCACACCUGAAGAAGCAGCCCAGUGGCGUGAGUCCCUUGAUAAGGUCUUGUCCAACAACUACGGCCUGGCCACCUUCAAGAGCUUCCUUAGAUCUGAGUUCAGCGAGGAGAAUAUUGAGUUCUGGGAGGCUUGUGAGAACUUCAAGAAGACCAAGUCCCCCCUGAAAAUGGCCACCAAAGCCAAGAAGAUUUAUGAGGACUUCAUUCAGACUGGUGGGCCCAAAGAGGUGAACAUCGACCACUUCACCAAAGAUGUGACUUUGAGGAACCUGGUGGAUCUUUCUCCCGCCACCUUUGAGCUGGCUCAGAGCCGGAUCUACACCCUGAUGGAGAAAGACUCCUUCGGUCGGUUCCUGCGGUCUGAGCAGUAUCAGGAACUCAUCAAGUAAACUGACCUUCCCAGCUGCAGGGAGACUCUUUUUUUGGUCCCUUCCCCCUUCAUGUCAUAGAAAACACUUUAAUACCCAUUUUUUGGCACAUUUUUAAAGCUUAUUAAAUGAUACCACAGUUGCUUAUUUGGUGAAAGUGGAAAACACCGGGCACAGUUGCAAUGUCUCCCUGCAGCUGACUGAAACGGCCCAUUGCUAACAAGAACAUCUUAACAUAAAUUGUCAAAUUAAUGUGAUUCCUGCCCAGUGCUCUGAAUGUCAAAGUCAAGGACUUCAAUAAAAGAAGUUAAUGAUCAGGGUUUAAGAGACAGUAAACAUUGCUCCACAUAAAAGUGUGAUUUGUCAUUAGCAAACAUUUAAUUUUUACAACUGCAAAAUGCCGAGGAUUUGAGGCGCCUCUUAAAUUCUUGUAUAUAUGUCCUAUUAAUUGGAGUCACACUAUUUUCUGCCCCUGUAGACUAAAUAAAGACUAAAACCCAUCCCCGCUUGUAAUUUAUGGCUUUUCGGGUAAGUGCAGAAGUGGUUCAUGUACUUAUGAUGAGGACGUUCUGACCUGAGCAUCUAAGCACCAAGUUCAUCAAGGGGAAGAGGCCGGGGAAUGGGAACGGGAGAGCGUGGACUUUUUCUUGGAAAUGUCUGUGUUAAUAUUAAAAUGCCCAAAUGGUAAACCACAGGAAAACAUGAGGAAACAAUUCACUUAGUAUUGAAAGCUCCACAAUAUUUCAAUGCUAAAAAAAAAAGUGUGACAUGUUAAGAUGCACUCCAGUCUCUGGGAACUUGUUGUUUGGGUUACCGCUAUUGAAAGUUGCUAAGAUGGGAAUAUCAAGUAGGAGGGAAUCUCUAUAAAGCACUGGGCACAUUUUUUUUUUUUUUCUAAAGGCAAUGUUUAUUCCCAUGCCACUUUAAAAGCAGAGCACAUUUAGAUUAAGUCAUGGAAACCCAAAACAUUGAUGAGUGAUUUUUUUCCUGACUUUCUACAGCAAACAUUUAUCACGGUAGCAUAAAUAUAUACAUAUUGUAAGACCUAUAAACUAUUAUACUCUAAAAAGGAAUGAUUACUGCAAAAUGUUAUUGAAGUUAACAUCUAUUAUUUGGUCUUAGCAUGUGCAGCCAGUCAUAAUUUGUAAGAAGUAUGCAAGUAAUUGCAGUCUGAACGGCAUAUCAAACGUAUGUAACCCACAAGUGUGAUAUUCAGUGUCCUUUUGCAUGUUUUUUUUUUUUUUUUUUAAUUAUUAUUUAAAGUGUGUUUCACACAUACUUAUACUCUUGCAUGUUUCUUUAUUAUACUGUGUGUGUAGCUGUGUCACUAAAUCUAAUAACAUUCAUACAUGAGUAGUGGUUGGUGCUUCCAGAAGUCCUUACUGAUGCCCCACAAAGCAAAUUUUUAGUUCACUGCAGGACAGGUUUAGUUUAAUAUGGCUUUCAAUGACUGGGCAUCACCAACAUAAACUAAGAGAAAUUAAAUUAAUUCUGCAAAUUUUAAGAGCAGCAACAGCUCUUUUAGUAAGAAUGCUUCUAUAAUUAUUUUAAAAUAAUUAUUCAAUUUUUGGUUAAUAAAUUAUAAACUUAUAUCAUAAUACGAUUUUUUGGGGGGGUGGUUGGAAUUGUCAAAAUUGUCAGUAAGGACUACAGAGUACCUUGCUUAUACAAGAAAUCUGCAUAAAUACUAUAUGCAUGUAUGUUUGUAGUUGAUCAUAUAAAAUCCAUAAUCACAUUAAAGUUCUGAAGAUUUA